AACUCACCAACACCCUUAAACAGAAGCAAACAUUUUUAACAGUCAUGCAUUGGCACGGGAGAUUAGUAUGUCCGUGCUUGGUAAUCUGACAAUUCUUUUGAUUGAUGAUCUGGUAUAUAGUUGGAUUAAAAAGUUGCUACCAUGCUUCUGCCAAUUUUGUUAAUGUUGAGUUUAUUAUAAUGGUUAAUGUCCAAUAUCUUUUAUUUGUCUCUACAUGUUUGAGUUUAAAGGAAGAGGAGGGAUGCAGAGGGAAAAACUUAGUAUGAGGGCAUUUUCUGAAGUCAAUGCACUAGGCAUAGUAUAUGGAAGAAUCUGCUGAACAAAUUGCACAUCUGUGCCUUUGACCUUUAUAGUUUCCAAAGGGAUAAACUGCAGGUUUGAAGGAAAGAUUUUUCCUGUGGCAGUGACUAGCAGGAAACCUGCACGUCUUUCUGUUUAGUGUGCACAAUCUCAAUUGUGGGCUCCCCUCUAUCCUUCAUAUCUCUGAUUUGACCUUCAAUACUUUCUCGAAGGCCAUUUAUGCUCAGGCUAUCCAAGCUUUAGUUAUAUCUGGAACUAGAGGGUGAAAGAUGGACUUACAUACAGAAGAAAAAACGGAGGAUUACCUCUUCAAGAUUGUUAUGGUUGGCGAUUCAGCUGUUGGGAAAUCAAACUUGCUUGCUAGAUUUGCAAGAAAUGAAUUUUAUCCCAAUUCAAAGUCCACCAUUGGGGUUGAAUUUCAAACUCAGAAGAUGGAAAUUAAUGGGAAGGAAGUUAAGGCUCAGAUCUGGGACACUGCCGGCCAGGAGCGGUUUCGAGCUGUCACUUCUGCGUAUUACAGGGGUGCAGUCGGAGCGCUUCUUGUCUACGACAUCACCCGGCAUCAGACCUUCGAAAGCAUAGGCAGAUGGCUUAACGAGCUUCACACUCACUCGGACAUGAACGUGGUCGCGAUACUGGUGGGCAACAAAUCCGAUCUCAAAGAUGCUCGAGAGGUGACGACUGCAGAGGGCAAAGCCUUGGCGAAGGCACAGGGCAUGUUCUUCAUCGAAACUUCAGCUCUGGAUUCCUCCAACGUUGCGAUCGCCUUCGAGACAGUUGUGAGAGAGAUCUUCAGCAUAUUGAGUAGGAAAGUGAUGCAGUCGCAAGAAAUGAAAUCGGGGUGGAUUGCAAAUGGGAAAACUGUGGUUUUGGAAGCUGAUGGAAACGAGCAAGGUGCAGAUGAACAAUAUAAAAAAGGUGUGUGCUGCUCAUCAUGAAUGGGGAUAUGGAUCUCACCCUUUUCUCACGUUUUCUUUUUUUUUUUUUGGGUUUCAUAUGUUGAUUAGUUGCAAUUUUUGUCUACGAUUAUUAUUAUUAUUGUUGUUAUUAUUAUAGCUACGAUGAUUUACUUUGAAGAUGCAAAUGGAAGGAAUUGUAGAAUUUGAAUGAAUGAAUCAUCUGCUGGUAACACACUGUAAAUGACUGUUGGAUCAAGUGCAGUAUAUCCUCUUUCUUUCUUA